CUUGAAUGAUUAUCAACGUCUGACCUAAUAUGUAACAACGUACGGAUUGAACACCCCUAUUUUAUAUCAGGGCUGUGACGAGUACUGUAGUUGGCGUUAAUAAGUCAAGCUGCGAACUAGAGUAGUGCCAUUGAAGUGAGUCAUCUUACGGCGUGACCUGAAGAAUUAGCACUAAAGUUCGCUUACUCGCCAAAAUCAGUUCAGCAAAGUCCAGAGCGGUACACUCAUCGCUGCCGUGAGUCACAGCUGUAGGGACAGGACUAAACCUGCGAGAACACCGAGUUCACUGAAGUAGGUGCUUCACGGAUUUUUUUUCCAAUUUUUAUCUUGUUCUUGUAGAACAUCAUAGUGUCUUUUAGGUACGAGUUUACAACGGGAAUAUCAAUUUAUUGGACUAUAGGAGACAUUUGAGAGCACCGGCUUCGCUAAUAAUAGAAUGUUAAUGUAUCUGGAUUAAUGUGCCUACUAUAGCCUACAGACCAUUAAGAAGUAUUCUUGAUAUUAUGUGUAGAUUAGGCAUAAAGGAGUCGCUUUGAUUGGAAGUGCUUAUUUGCCACUGAAGACAAUCUGAUCGUGUGGGAACUCAUUGUCAACCUUUUGAAAUUUCCUCCUAUUUCCCUGGAUCAUGUACCAGGAUUACACAGGGACAUACGACACAUCAUCCCGCGGAAGCAGCAGCUCACCGGCGCACCCAGACAGCAGCCCUAUUCCUGUUUCCAACUACCAGAAAUACAGAGGAGACAUGCCUGGCUCUAGCAGUGCCUUUAUUCCAACCAUUAAUGCCAUAACUACCAGUCAGGACCUGCAAUGGAUGGUUCAGCCCACUGUAAUCACCUCUAUGUCUAAUCCAUACUCGCGGCCUCAUUCGUAUGGUAUGUCUGUGUCUAGUGGCCCAACCCUUUUUGGCAACACAGCCCUCACACGGCCCGGGGUCAUCCGAUCCAUCGGCGACACCCGAGGACGACGCAAGAGAGAUGAGCAGCUCACUCCUGAGGAAGAGGAAAAAAGAAGAGUUAGGCGAGAAAGAAACAAAUUAGCUGCAGCUAAAUGCCGGAACCGGAGAAGAGAACUAACUGAGAUGUUGCAAGGGGAAACAGAGAAGUUAGAAGAGGAGAAGGCAGACCUGCAGAAGGAAAUAGAGACACUCCAGAAGGAAAAGGACAAGUUAGAAUUUAUGUUGGUUGCCCACAACCCAGUGUGCAAGCUGCCCCCUGAGGAACGACAGAAGAGCUCUCACAGCCAGCAGUGUGGACCCCUUCCUCUGACCCUGCGCUCCAACCUGGUUUCCCGGGGCCUAAUGAAGACUCUGAACCCAGUGGUAGUGAAGCAGGAGCCUUUGGAGGAAGAUGAAGAAGAGGAGGGGGGAAAAGCACAACAUUCAGUCAUCAAGCCUAUCUGCCUGAGCAGUGGCAUGUUUUGUUCUGAUGGAGACAGCCUCAACACACCUGUGGUGGCUGCCUCCACACCGGUGUCCACCCCCAGCAAUCCCAGCCUCAUCUUCACUUACCCAAACAUGCUGGAACCCGAGAGUCCCUCACCCUCGUCGGAGUCCUGCUCCAAAGCACACCGACGUAGCAGUAGCAGCGGUGAUCAGUCUUCAGAUUCCCUCAAUUCUCCCACUUUGUUGGCGCUCUGAAGGAAGCUUUUAGGAUCUCCAUUACACUCUCAGCUGGGAUUUGAAGCUCUAUGAAGCUGAGAAACCUUGAAGGGCUAAUUUGCUCAUUAUAAUGUUUUGGUUGUUGUUUGUGAUUUGUUGUUGUUUAGAUGUAUGCACAAAUUUUAAACGCUAUUUCAGCUCUGAAUAGUGGUGAGGUUUCUCAAUACAAAUAGAAAGUGGGAGGAAAGCUUGCAUCAUUUAAUCUUUAAGAGCAUCUUGCAGUCAGUGCUUAAUAAAGCUAUUGGCCCCCAGUUUGGAAGCAUGGCAGGUUACUAUUAUCUGCCAGCCAUCUGAUUUUAAACAGAGCAAAAUUGUUUAAAAACGUAAUUACUGAUAGGUACUGAAUCCAAUAUUGGACACUACGCUAGACAACUGCUGCUUUAAACUUUCGUACUUGUGAUGUGUGAAUUUUGUCUCAUUGUAUUUUGUCUCCUGCUGUUUAUACUUUUUAGGAUUCACUAGAUGAGCCUAAAUUCCAGAUGGUAAAAGAAUAACCUAUAAUAAAAGGCUGUUUUUUGUUGAUAUUUUGUACAUGAGGCACAAGUGCUAUCAAAUUUUGCCAAAUUUACAUACCUUUUGAUAUGUUUAAAAUAAAAAACACUCAUUAGCAUCAGUGAAUCUACUGUCAGGGAUUUUUGUCUUACAAGCCAUACAAGCAUUAAUAGAAGCAAUUGCACAUAGAAAUCAAUAAUUAAAACAUAAUAUAUGAGUAUAAAUAAGGGAAACUCCAGCCAUAUUAGGCUCUGCCUCUUACCCUGACAUUGCAAUACUGCUUUUGUAUUGGUGCACACUGUGGUUAAAAACAUUUAACUAUGUUUAACUUUUAUAAUAUAUACUUUUAUGUAUUGACUGGUAGAUGCCCUUUUUGCAGGGUACAGUUUGAACUGAUACAUAUACCAUGGGCACUUCUCCCUGAAACACUGGUUGGCUUUAUAGCUGCACUUGGGAACAGAUGCACUUUGUUAGCAACCUUAUAAUCAAAUAAAAUGCUAUUACUUUAAAAAGUCAGAUUACAUUGAAAAUUUGAAGCAAUAGGUGAGUGUAUGUGUUUUGGACACUGAAGAAAAAUAUUUUUGAAUAAACUCUUGAAAAACAUUCCUUGGAAAAGAUACUGAACUUUAAAGAGAACUUGAGUUAUUGUUUGUUGUCACUACAGUCAGUUAAUGACUGAGCAUCAACAAGAGUGUCGUCUUGUACUGGAUGCAGCAAAAAAAAAAAAAAAAAAUGCUGCUUGACUGGUUUCUGUUUGUGGGACUUCUAUAUUGCUUAUUUAUUUCAGGAACUUUAGUUUAAGGGAAAGUUCACCCCAAAAUGAAAAUUCCUUAUGUUGUUAUAAACCUGUAUGAGUAUGUUUAUUGUGUUGAACACAAAAUCGCAACCCAGUCGAUGGUCCCCAUUCACUUCCAUAGUAGGAUUAACAAAUACUAUGGAAUUCAAUGGGUAAUUUCAACUGUGUCCUCAUCAUCUAUUAUCAAAAAAUAUUUUUUUUUCUACAAAAUGAACAAACUCAUAAAGGAAAGAUGACAGAAUUUUUUUGGGUGGGGUUAACUAUCCCUUUAAACUUGAUUUAACACUUAUCAAAAGUAAGAGAUUUUAUUUGUGAAUUUAAUACCAAAAAAGAGCAAAUGUCUGAGGACAGUGUGUUAUGUUGUCAGUCUUUAAACCCAGUGUAAUUUAAGCAAUCAAUUUGUACAGUUUUCUGCAUAUGUACUUCUCUGUCUGUAUUUUCUCUUUUAAUAUAUUGCUUUAAAUCUUAAAAGACAGAAAAUAACCAACAAAAAACAGCAAUAUACAAAGCUUUGUUUGUUUAAUUGGUCAUUUAAAUUGAUUAUGAUAUAUGAAAAUACCACUUUGGAAACCUUUUUAUUAUGUAUUUUGCUUGUGGACAGUAUUUGAAUAUGUUGGAUUAUCAUUGUUACAUUGUGGUGCUUUUGUAUUUGCUUUUCAUCAAUGCUGUUAAUUUAUGAUUUAUUCAAUUAACAUGAAGAUAUAAGCAUCUUAAUAUUGGAUGGUAUAGCUCUAAAUCUGUAGACCACUUUGUUUAAGAUUUGUUAAGCACCAAUUGAUGCUAAUGAGAAAUUUUAGGAACACACAAACACUUGCUUUGUAAAAUGCAUAAAAACAUUACUUGAUGAAUGGAUAUCGGAGUUAAAACACGCUGAGUUAAAACACGCUGUAAAAAAUAUGCAGCAUUGUUGUCAAAUCAACAUAUAUUUUUAUGUUACUUUAACUUAUAAAAUCAAGUUGAAAUAGUUUUAACAGCCAAAACCUAAAACCAAGUUGUUUUAACUUUAUACUGCAUUUUUUCACAGUGCAUUAAUAAAAAGAAUCUAGGUAUGUACAGUAUGUGUGAUUUAAUUUGAGUGUAGUACAUCAAAUACAAAUCUACUUGCUUCUUUCAUCAGUGCUGAUAAAACUGUGCUUCUGCUUUAGUUCUGACUAUUAAGCCAUUGCAAGCUGCACCUUAUGGAUUUGAAUUCAAACAUUGCCCAGCAAGUAACACUAAAUUGAGAAUGUGUCGAUUUGCCUAACAAAUGCAUUUGUACAUUUUACUUAAACCUAAAAAUCACCAUAUACAACUAUCAUUUCAAACAUUUAUGUUAACAUUAAGUUUUGGUUAAAGGUUUGGCAUUAAUUUUACUUAUACAUUAUUAUUAAAUAAAUAUAAUUUGCCUGAAGUUUUGGUAAUAAUCAAAUCGACUUUGAAAGUCAUUAAUGGAUGUUUUGCAGUUGUGUAUUGAAAUGUAGACCAUAUUCCUGUGUUUGUGUGGAAAUCUAUUAUUUUUAAAUAAAUCUUUUUGAAAAUGUG